GGUGGUUGUCCAGCAACGAAGCAGGCUGCUUCAUUACGAGUCGCAGUCCCCGUCUCCGACAUCCCAUAUCCAUCUUCUCUUCUUGUCUUACUCCUCUAUCUUGCGUUCUCCAUCCCGUUGUCUCUUCUGUUUAUCCCUUUUGCCCGAUCUGGUGACUCUUUGAAGCUCACUGGACUGCUUAUCUCUGCUGGGACAAACUCCCAGUUUGACAACGAUAUCGAUUAUCGCCACUGCCUUCGCUGGCUCAGUUGACGAACCUGAUCGAUUCCGUUCAUCUCCUCUGCCAUGAGAGCCCUUUCUCCCCUCUUGCUGGCUGGGGCAGCUUCUGCUGCUAUCGCUCCUCAGCAGCAGCCACUCCAACUCCCCAAGUCCUUCCCUGCCGAAGCCAAGAACAUCCUUGAUAACCAACUCCACCAUCUCAAGGAUGCUCUUCGUGGUCUUACCGAGGAAGCUGCAAAUAUCUGGGACGAGGUCGCAGCCCUCUAUCCCGAAGACAUGAGCCGCGCUAGCUUCUUCUCUAUGCCCAAGAAACAUACCCGCCGACCGGAUCAUGAAUGGGACCACAUUGUCCGUGGCGCUGAUGUCCAAAGUGUGUGGGUCGCAAACGCCGAUGGAGAACAAGAGCGUUAUCUCGAUGGCAAGCUUGACACAUAUGAUCUGCGAGUGAAGAAGGUCGACCCUAGCUCAUUGGGCGUCGAUCCCAACGUCAAACAAUAUUCGGGGUAUUUGGAUGACAAUGAAAACGACAAGCACCUGUUUUACUGGUUCUUCGAAUCAAGAAAUGACCCAGAGAAUGAUCCAGUUGUCUUGUGGCUCAACGGCGGCCCAGGCUGCUCUUCUUUGACCGGUCUGUUCCUCGAGCUCGGACCCUCGCGCAUCAACGAGAAGCUUCAGGUGGUUCCGAACCCGUACUCUUGGAAUGACAACGCCAGCGUCAUCUUUUUGGACCAACCCGUCAAUGUCGGCUAUUCUUACUCCAGCUCCAGCGUUUCCAACACGGUGGCUGCUGGCAAGGAUGUGUAUGCGUUGCUGACUCUCUUCUUUGAGCAAUUCCCCGAGUACGCCAAACAGGACUUCCACAUUGCUGGGGAGUCGUAUGCGGGGCACUACAUUCCUGUCUUCGCAUCAGAAAUCCUGUCACACAAGAAAACCAACAUCAAGCUGACGUCUGUCUUGAUUGGCAAUGGUUUGACCGAUGGAUACACCCAGUACGAAUACUACCGGCCAAUGGCCUGCGGUGACGGAGGGUGGCCCGCCGUGCUCGACCCACAGUCUUGCCAGGCCAUGGACAACGCCCUGCCUCGCUGCCAAUCGCUGAUUCAGAACUGCUAUGAUAGCGAGAGCGUGUGGUCGUGUGUGCCUGCCAGUAUCUACUGCAACAACGCAUUGCUCGCGCCUUAUCAACGAACGGGGCAAAAUGUCUACGAUGUGCGCGGCAAGUGCAAGGACAGCAGCAACCUGUGCUAUCCCGAGCUCGGCUGGAUCAGCAAAUGGCUCAAUGAUCGAUCGGUGAUGAAGGCACUUGGUGUGGAGGUGGAUGGGUAUGACUCGUGCAACUUUGACAUCAACCGCAACUUCUUGUUCCAGGGCGACUGGAUGCAGCCUUUCCACCGCCUGGUACCGGGCCUCAUUGAGAAAAUGCCGGUACUGAUCUAUGCGGGGGAUGCCGACUUCAUUUGCAACUGGCUGGGCAACAAGGCGUGGGCGGAAGCGCUUGAGUAUCCCGACCACAAGAAGUUUGCGGCGGCCGACAUGAAGGAUCUUCGGCUGGAUGCCAGCAAGGACGGGCGCAAGAUUGGAGAAGUCAAGUCGCAUGGCAACUUUACCUUUAUGCGGAUCCAUGCGGGCGGUCAUAUGGUGCCUUUGGAUCAACCGGAGGCUAGCCUGGAGUUUUUCAACCGCUGGCUGGCGAAGGAAUGGUUCUAGACACGUCGUGGCACGGAGUGACGAGGGCAAGGACGCAAUGAUUCGUCUCUUGGAGGUGGAGGUCUUGGGUAUAUGGCUGGAUGGGUGUUACACAGGCCAGGCAGGCCGCUUGGAGGGCAUGUGCUCAAGAGGGGUGGAUUGCCGUCUGUCGGCAUGGUCCGGGGCGGUUAUGUACAGGUCGCUGUGGGCAUGGAUCCAAUAGGUUUUGGAGGUGACAUGUACGGAGUCCAUCACCAUCAUCAUCGUCGCCAUCAAUCCCUCGUACUUCUGAGGGGAUAUUCCCAACUCGUAAUCUCGUUGUCUACGCGCCUUGAAUUCUCAAUAGUCUCAUGCACGUCAUGCGAUGUCUUUCUGCGACUAGCAGUGUACUAGUAGUAGGCAUGCAUGAGGCACGCACUGUCUGUCACGUUGCGGAGCGGUUAGAGGAGUGUGGUGGCUGGCUCUCUCUUUCUCUCGCUCCAGUCUAUUCUUA